AGAGGUGAAGAGAAACGCAUCAAAUCAGCAGAGGAAAACGGAAACACGUUGACACAGCAGAAACAGUCGAGGAGGAAAAAGAGGAAGAAGAGUGCUGUAACAGCUUGUUCUGCACUUGUUGUUUGUGUUUUUUCUCUUCUGUUGUGUCUAAAAUGUUCUCGAUGGAGGACACGCCGGUGAUCAGACACGUAACGCUGAGAGACGGAGCACGUAUGCCUCUUCUGGGCCUCGGGACGUGGAAGGCGUCUCAUGUCCAGGGGACCUCGGUCCAGGGCGCGGUGGAGGCAGCCAUAGCUGCAGGUUACCGCCACAUCGAUACGGCCUUCUGCUACAAGAACGAGGUGGACAUCGGCAAAGCUCUGCGCUCCAAGAUGGAUCAGGGCAUCAUCCGGCGUGAAGACAUGUUCAUCRUCAGCAAGCUGUGGUCCACUCAUUAUGAGCCAGAGGACAUCCCCCUGUGUCUGAAUCAGUCCCUGAAGGAUCUCCAGCUGGACUACCUGGACCUUUAUCUUGUGCAUUUCCCUGUCGGCUUAAAGAAAAUGGGCGACGAGCUUUUUCCCAGAAAGGAUGGAAAGAUUCUGACCUCUGAUGUGGAUUAUGUUGAUGUUUGGAGGGGCAUGGAGGCCCUGCAGGCCUCAGGGAAGGUGAAAAGUAUCGGUGUUUCUAAUUUCAGCAUCCUGCAGCUGGAGAGGCUGAUGGCUCUGUGCCGAGUGGCCCCUGCUGUCAAUCAGGUGGAGCUGCAUCCUUACACGGUCCAAACAGACAUGAUAGAGUUCUGUAAAUCCAAAAACAUCGCGCUGACGGCCUACAGCCCCUUUGGUUCGCCAGGAAGACCCCCUGAGCUGAUUUUAGGAGACACCGAUCCCUACAAGCUCCUGGAAGACCCCRUUGUUGCUGAAGUAGCCCGGAAACACAAACGCAGCCCUGCACAGGUGCUGCUCAGGUAUCACGUGCAGCAGGGAGUUGCAGUCAUUCCUAAAAGUGACAAGCCUCAUCACAUCCUUGAAAACACGAAGAUCUUUGACUUCAGCCUGACUGACGAAGACAUGAACACACUGAGGGAUCUGGACCGAGGAUGGAAGUCCUGCUUGAUUGACGAGAUCAAGUCUCACCCGUACUACCCCUUUGAGUGAGUCAGAAGAAGGAACUGGACGUGAAAACGUCAAACUGUUUACUACCGUAAAUCUGAUGAAAUGUGAACAAAAAAUCAAAAUAUCUGUGAAUACAAGUGAGCUGUCUUUAAUUGAAAGUUGAUUUUUUGAUUUUAUAAUAAAAAAAUUAACAUAA